AUCGAUUUCAGAUAAAUUUUCGCAAAGAAAAGUGUUUUUUUCCGUUCCUUUUCAAGGCAACGACUUAAAGAAUUGCAAACUGGCUUGGAGCCUUGACGAUCAAUUCCUUGCGGUUAGUGCGGGAAACGUUAUUUGUAUAGUUCAAGCCGCCAGUGGAAAGGAAUGGUGUCAGAUUCCCGUUACUUCUGUGGCAUGGAAAACGGGGGGCAGCGCGGACCUUGUGUUUGUGGAAUGCGCGAAGGUUGACGAACUUUGUAGUGCCGAGCUUCUUGUGGUGGACUAUUUCGGAGCCGCCUUUCUCUAUACCAUUCGGGGCCAGGGGGACUUCAGCCUUCACCAGUCUCUCUUGUUUCGGUCUCACCACGAGCUCGUGGUUUCUGUGGCAUACGACGCUGUAAAUCGACUGUUGAUUAUUGCUGGACUCGGCAUGAGAAAAGCACGGCCACGAUGUCACGUACUUCCUGGCAUCACUUUUUGGAAGGUUUCCUGCCGCGCUCCCUAUUUCUUCCACGAUGAAAGGCGAGAACUUCGUGAAUUGAUUAUGCCCGCCAGCCCAUUGGAGGACCUCUAUCGUUCUCUGCCAAAAUAUAUCCCAUUCUGGAGCCGUUUAAACAAAACUGUAUUUGUGAAAGUUCUUCUUCUGAACGACCAGCUCGCGGCGUUGAAUAAUCAAGGGGAAGUGCUAGUCUUUAGCAUGUCAUCGUUGGAUAUUACGACUCGAUUUUCCUUAAAAAACUUGCAGGCUCUGAAGCCAUACGUGCUUGCAGCGAAGAGCUACUGUGGCGCGGAGUGCCCCAGCAAAGCUGAAGGCGGGCCUCACGAGGACGACCAAGAUCGGAUUAGUGACCUGCAAUGGUGGGGACAGGACUGCUUGGUGGUCUCCACGUUGUCAGGGCACGUGAUUCUAUACGACUUUGUGAGAAACUGCAAUCUGCUGGGCACUCACUCGAUCCGUUUUGAGCGUGGGUGCCGGCUAUCGGCUGUGGAGGACGGACGCUUUCUUGUUCUUGAAUGCGAGAGGCGCGUUCUUCCUCUCGCAACUUCCUGGAAAGAGCAUAUGAUUGGCGGUCUAGAGAAGGGAAGAGCACGUGGCUCUUCCUCAUACUUUGAGAAAGAACCUGCCGGCUCCUUGCUGCACAGAGCCAUGAUUUGGUUGGCUGGCCCCGAACACCGCCAGGGGACUUUCAAGGUUCUCAAGCUGUACCGCCUGUACUACUUUAGCCAGAAAAGCCCGGCGGAGCUGUACAGCAGAAUGCUCUGCACCGGUAAUUUUGAGCGGGCUCAACGCCUCGCUGAAGAAUAUACUCUCAACACUGACGAAUUGUACAAGGCCUUGUGGCGGGUUCACCAAAAUGAAGAGGGCGCCGUACAAUUUUAUCUCGACCGAGUUAAGGACAGGGAUUGGGUGUUGAACGAAUGCACGACCGUUGUUUUGUCCACGACGGAGAUGAACAGGAGUCUGCUGGAGUAUGCGCUGGACAAUCUCGAAGCUGAGGAAGUUUCAGAGUGUUCUUCCAGUCUAAUACAGGCCCGUAGGCAAGAAAUUCGUACAAAGUGCCGCACUUAUUUAGAUCGACUCCGCACCUACGAGAAAAUAACUAAAAGUCUUCGCCUGCCCUUUGAUAUGGACGCCUUCCGCCACCUUCGAUCCAGUGCGCUUCAGGACGUCGCCAUAAAAUUGGCACAGCAAGGGCAUGUCUCGGCGUUCAGCCGUCUGAGCUGCCCGUCAAUAGCCAUUCUCUUUCAGUCUCAUGGCAAUGAGCUUUUUAAGCAUUGGCUAUCUAUUAUAUCCAGCAUCCCUGAAACCGUGCAUCCAAGUAGUUACGAGAGACUCUUGCCUUCAGUUAAUGAGAAGAGAACACGUGUAUGUAUAACUCCCGUUUCUGGUACUCAGGAAGAUGAAGAAGAUUGCACACAUUGCCACGGCAUUUUAGGAGACGCCAUGGAGACGCUGGACUUUGUAAUUCCGUCCGUAAAGGAAGUCUCAGAAUGGUACUGUCAUCGGGCGGUAGAAAUUGACCGAUUGUCCGGGCAACUGGAAAAUUCCAAGGCCCUUAUAGAACUGGGACUUAAAAAAAACGUCCCGGACUUGAAAUAUAUCCAAAGCCACCUUGCUUCGUUGUGUUAUCUGGUCUAUGACGCCUCAAGUGCUGCUUGUGCUGACAUCUCGCUGCACGAAUAUAUGAAUUGGGAUAACAUGAAAAGGAUAAACCUUCUCUUUGCCGACCUCUCCUCCAGUAGCACAGAUUUUAACAACCGCCUCUUCCUCUCCCGUUUCAAUACUUGCUUUUUUGAACUUGUCAACCUGCUUUGGUUCGGAGAAGACCGCUUGGAUGGAAGCUACAGUGAAGCAUCCACACUUAGCGGCAUCAAGGGCUUGCUGUUCGAUUUUAUAAAGGAGCUUUCUCAUAGCCACCCAGAAGUAGUAUUUCUAAUAUUACUAGAGUCUCCUGUUUUUGUUAAGCAAUUCAAGAAAGGAAAAGAUAUAAGCAAUUUUCCCGGUUCUGCCGGUGGUAACGUCCCCCUUUUGCUUACACGCGAGGAAAUCGUAGAGCUAGGAGUAAUUUGUGCCUUUCGUAGUACUGAAUCGACUCCUGAGGCCCUUAGCCUUGACGCUUUACGCGGUUUAGUAAACAAUCUUCAGGCACUCUUACCGGAUAGUGCGCAAGUUUUACCGAGUGAAAUUAAUAAUGACUCGCGAGAGGGAUUACGAACUCUUUUAAAAGCACGUGAAGGAUUAGACGCGUUAGUAAAAAGUUUGAGGGCUUUUGAGAUUUGCAGAGCCCACGGUAUGGCUAGACCCCUAGCCUCGUUCACUGACUGGAAUGUUUUCCCCCAGUGCCCGCAAACAUCACUACCUUUAAAUCGUAAGCAGCUGAUCAGAGAACUCUGUCAAUCCGGCCUGGAUCCACUGCGGCCAUAUUCACCCAACCAAUGGCGUCAGCUAUACGUGGAAUUGCACGUUCUUCAGAAACUUUUAUCAGUUCCUACGGACGUCAUCAACAAGCAGUUUAUGGAAAGUCUAUUAAGUUCCUCAUCGUUAAAAAAUAUUAGACUAGCUAGCGAGUUUAUUCAGAACUGCCGCCAUCACCAGUUCCUGCCUAUACCAUUAAUUGAUUUGCAUGAAAUAUCGGGGGUCAUACUAAAAGUGGCUAUUGAGUAUUAUAACACUUGCAAUUCCAUGACCGACCCUUUACUUGAGGCGGCAACUGAAUGUUUGAAUCUUAUACCUGAAGGCAGCUGCACUGCUCCUGUAAUAAAAGAAAAAAAACUCAUUUCCGCCGUAAAACUUAUGCAUGUUAGUUUCCGGCUGCCAUGGACACCACUUCAAGUGAGACUUGCGGCUGACUGUAUGGAAAGUGUGCUGGAUGCCUGUCUACUUGCGGAGGAGAACAACUACGCUCAGCUGGACGCCCUUUUAAAAGUAACUGAGUUAUUGGAAGUUGCAGAGGACAAAGCAAUAAGAGAAGGCCUUGUAUUGGCGAAAGUUGCCCGAAAAGCCAUGAGGCAUGCCGACUACCAGUUUGCGCUACAAUGCUGUAAACGUAUUAUGCGACUUUCCGGGACUUUCAACUCCUGGGACCUUUUUUUGAGUCUGGCAAGUUGCGCUCAGCUUACCUUUCUAAGCGAAAGACUAGCGCUCUUGGCUCAUGUACUGAAAACUUGCCCGCCUAACUACCUUAUUAUUGUCUUGGAGAAGUAUAAAGAGCUGGAAUUACUGCGAUUGAGCCGAAUUAUGGGCGUUGCUGAGGAUGGCAGUCCGACGCACCUUAUGAAGAUGCUUGCUAACCACGAAGAGUUGCCUUUUUCUAUGAAUUUAGAGGGGAACGCUCCUCUUAAGAUGACGCUUCGAACCCCCGCGCAACGCUGUAAGCGACCAGAACGACCGUCUUACCCUCCAGAUGUGACGGACACCGCUUUUCCUGAAAAACACUCCUCCUGUUCUCUAAGUCACGUGUUCCCUCCGAGUUCCUAUCCGUUUUACAUGCGGGAGUUGACUUGUGCGUGCGGCAGUAAAGGAAGGAGGAAGCGCUCUUAUCCUUACGUGCUUGACUGCUAUGCGCCCUUCACCAGCUGCCUAAGCAAUCUCCAUGCCCUCAAGUUACUAUACUCGCUUUGCGAAAAACAGCUGCUGCACUUUUACGACUUUUCCAAUUGGGACGAGUCGGUACUGGCAGCUAUGCAUCAGAUCAUGCGGCGCCUGUUUUUAGAAAGCUGCAAGCUUAUGGACUACUCCUUGACUUUUGCGCUACUUUUUAGCACGAAUCUUGAACACGCUGAAGAGCUACUUCGUAUGAGGCCCAGCUGCACAGACACCCUCAAACUUGCCCUUUACUUUUACGGCCUUCUUAUUUGCACGGGACAACAUGAGAACUGGUCCACUCGUUCAACCGACCAGUUGGACGACAAAUACUAUUUUGCUUAUUACGCAUGCGAGUUGCCUCCGGCCAUCGUCAUUCUCUAUGCAGUCCACCUCGUUGAAACCAGCGCGUGGCCAGCUUCUGUUUCUGAGGGCGGACCUAAAAAUUUUCUUCUGAGUUUUUUUAAAGACUGGAUUGCCGAAUACUAUAAGCAUCUCAUAACGGCAACUCUUCCUACGCAGAGCGAGCCUCUCGACUUUUCUAGGUUUUUGCAGGACCCCGCUUACCAAAGGGGCGUGUUCUUGCUGUGUCUUAAUCGAGGGGGCGCCACCUCUCUUGAAAGAUGCGUGAUGGUUUGCGAGCGAAACGGCCUAAAAGCCGAAGAUAUUUAUUUCUCACUUGCCUUCACACUUUUAAACGCGGCCACGCCAGCAAAGGAAGCCGUUGAGGGUCUGCGAAUUUUUCUCUCCCGCAAAAACAUGUGGCUCGAAGUAUCGCAAAAAAUUUCCGCUACUAUGUGGCCCGCGCUGAAUGGCCAGGACUAUACGCGUUUGUGGCUGUUCUUCAACUUUCUUAAUCCCAAUGUUGUACUUGACGGCAUAUCAGUCGAAAAACAUCUGCACCUGCUAGGCCUUGUGAGCCACUUGGACACUUUUGCUAUCAAUAAACUAAACUAUAAAAAUUAUUUGGCCCUCGAUCGCCAUAGGCUGGCUCAAUUGGGAGAGCUUACCACUCUGACCGAUCUGGGCUCUGUUACAGAGUUUAUUCUCCUCCUUGGCUCUCCUCAUGAUGUCAAUGAAGCAACGUCAUCGUUAUGUUUGGAAGUCUUGCAGAGAGCAGUGAAGGACUUUGUCCGCUUAAAAGAGGGCGGCCUAGUGUCCUAUCAGGACAAGGGGCACUCGUUAGUUAGUUAUCUAGAAAAAUUCGGCCACUCGUUGAGCCCAUCUCACGCUAAUCAGUUGUCCCUUGUUCUUUUGGACAGUGAAUUCCUACGAUAUUUGGAUCUUUCCACAAAAUUGGCCAUUUUAGAAAACUUUAUUCCGUACGUUGAAGAAGAAGACCAGAAACUCGUUUUCCAGGAGAAACUCGCUAGGCUAACCUCUGUUAAAAAGUGUCUUGGUCUACUCACUGGAACCUCCGUGAAUAACAUCGAUGCUGGUUUCAUAGAAGUAUCUCUAGAAACUCUCGAAGACGCGUAUCUAUUUCUGGAGGAGAUAGUUAGUCUUUCACAAGUUCCUGAUCUUAAUAGUGUCCGAACAGUGUUUGAGGAAGUCCAAAAAUGGCAUAGAACUGCCAUUAGUUAUAAUGAAAUAUUUUAUAAAGUCUUGAUGAACUGCUUGGCCCUGAAAAGCGUCCCUUUAGUUGACUUUAAGCGUCUCCUUACCACCGCCAAGCUACUAUUAAAUACCUCAGAGUGCGAUGCUCUAGCCGGCGACCUCAUAAAGUUCUGCAGCGCGGCACAAUGGGACGCGCCACAGAGAUUUGAGGUGUUGACCCUGAUAGAAGAGGUGGAGGCAGUGCCCGGCCAUUCCUCUCUUUCAGCCGCUGUCUUCUGCCAAAUACAAACCAUUCUGCAGCAGCACUGGCCUGGAGCCACUGUGGCGCUUGAGGAAAUAAACAGCUCGAGCAAACAACAAGUCUUUGUGGAGAAGCUCUAUGAAAGCAUCCGUCAGGAGACUGAGGCUUCAGAAAAGGGCAGCUGGAGUGACGACGACUGGAAUAACUAUACGUGGAGCACCGUGGGCAACAGCUUUGCUAUUGACCUCUCUUCUCGUGCCUUUGCGCUAGCAAAAGUAAUAUCCAUACUUGAAAAGAGCCCCGACCCUGACAAACCUGAUUAUUUAAAAUAUCACUUCGCUCUCUUGCUUAAUAUUGCCGAGUCGGAGUCUCUUAUGCACAAUUGCUGGCGAAUACGACUGGAGUGGGAGCUCUCAGAGCUUGAGGAUACUAAAGUAUUUCGGCGCUUACUGUCACAUGCAACACCCUCGUGUAAAUGCAGCUCCUUGAAGUACAUCUUCGCAGCUCAGCGCCUCCAGCUGAUAGAUCAGGAAGCCCCUUUCAUCUUCGAAGACGCGUUUUUGAGCGGUGGCAAUACGCAGCUUGAUAACGACCUUCUUCACUUUAUUGUGAAAAAUCCACAAGUCUUUGACCGCACUCGUUCCCCAUCCAUUUAUGCUGAGGUGAAAAAUUAUUUGCUUUACCGAAGCAUCGAAGACAUGCACGCUGUGUCACAAACGCAGGCGUUCUUCUCCUACAUUGAAGCUCACAUAAUUAACUGCGCCACAUUUUUAGCUGACCUCUGCCUCCUGGAGAGGAUGGAUUGCGCUUUUUCGUUUGUUUUAGAGUUCCACCGCUUCCCGGUGCCUUUGCGUGAUUGCCAUAUUCUGUUCCGCUUACUCGAAGAUCUACUAUCAGAUUCUUUAAAACUUAUAAAGAAAAGUGUACCCUCUUCAUCUGUACAGUUUAAUCUCUUAUACACUUUGGAGCACAGCUUGAGCUCUUGCGAGAAAGCACUACUCUACUGCGCUUUACAAUAA